AUGAAUUGCUUAUUUUCCACUGAAAUAAAUAAAUUGGUUGAGUGUUUAGAGGCAAUGCAGACCACUGCGAGUAUCAGUCAAGUAAAAACAGCAGAAAAAAUAGCAAAGAAACUAGACUUGAUAUACAAUGUAGCAAUAAAUGGGUUUGAGAAAGAAAACAGAAGAAUAUCUGAGGAUAUAUACAAAAUUACCACAAGGCUAAUGGAAGAACUAGAAGAAAAAGAGCUGUUAAUAAAAGAGUGUAAAGAUAUGUUAAGUGAAACAAAAGAAAUGGAAAUAGAGGAGAUACUAUCAUACAGUAGAGUUUUAAGUAAGCACACAAAAUGCCCAUUGCUUUGGACUGAAGAUAUGGCAUUAGACAGACUUCCAGCAUACCCAACAGACAGUCUUAUACAACAGUCAUUAUUAAGAAUUAAACAAGUAAUGGAAUAGGCAUUAUAUCAUGGUAUAAAAUAUUCAUAACACUGCAUGUUUAAUACUAAAAUGCCCAUUAUACUGUUCUAUAAAAAUAGCUGUUACAA